CAUUCAACACUUUAUCUCGACGCAUCGCAUUUCUUUGGUGCACGCACAUCUCCAGCGUGUCGCGGAUUACGGGUGUGACACUAUAACAACAUGGAUUUCGGUAACUGAUAGAAAGGUUAGUACAGGAAUUAUGGAAGCCUGUCCACAGUGUCAUAGACCUAUCAAGUCUCCACAUGCUCGUUUAGUUGAAGACUCUUGUGGGCAUAAGAAAUGCCGAUUGUGUCUUAUGAAAGAUGAAGAUGGAUGUCGCCUGUGUGCUGCCAAAGAUAAAACAACUGUGAUCAAAAAAGAACCAGGUGGAAAGAAGUUGCCAGUUCCUCCAGCUAAGAUUCGAAGACGUAGUCGUAGAAAGAUGCUAUCAUCAGCCUCUGAAAACAGUAAACAUCUAUUCACUUUUUUGACUACAGAAAAUGACAAUGUUGAUUUUAAAUCACACAAACACAAGAAGAAACAUAUGAAGGAUUCUUUAACUCAUGAGAGUGAGAGAUCUGUUUCUCUGCUACAUAGAAGGGACAGUGAUGAAGAGAAGAGUCCAAAAACAGACAUUUUAACUGAUGAUGAAGAUCAUAAUAGGCAAAGUGACAGUAACUUCAUUAGUUGUGAAGAGGUGGUUAAGGAGAAAUGUGGCCUUGAAGUAGAUGUGAAUUUGCCUGAUAACAAUGUAGAAUGUGAAGAAACAGAAAUGACAGAGGUAAAAUUAGAAGGGAAGAGGAAACCAAUGGUUAUUGCCAGUCAUAUCACUGUAACACAAGGUAAUCCUACAAUGUAUACGUGUACAGUAUGUAUCAAGACUUUCAAGCGGCGAGAACAUGUUCGUUACCACAACUUCUGUGCUACUGGGGAUAAGCCUUUCAAGUGUGAUCUCUGUGGCCAGAGCUUUGCAUCCAAGUCACACUUUGAGUGUCAUCAUCUCAACCAUACAGGUGCCCGACCAUUUGUUUGUGAAACAUGCAACAGGGGUUUCAGGCAGAAAGACAAACUCACCAGGCAUAUAAGAAUUCACACAGGUGAACGACCAUAUGUAUGUCAAGAUUGUGGGAAAGGUUUUAUAGCAUCACACAGUCUGAAGACACAUCAGCGCACCCAUACUGGUGAGAAGCCAUACCUCUGUCCUCAUUGCGGACGUGGGUUUACAGAAACUGUGAAUCUUCGCAAACACAUCCUUGUACACACAGGUGAGAAGAACUUUAUGUGUGAAGGAUGUGGGAAGAGUUUUGGACACAAGUGGGCUCUCAUACAUCACCAGCGAACUCAUUCACGAGAACGUCCACAUAACUGUCACAUCUGCGCACGAGCUUUCACUAAUAACAAAGAUCUCAGGCGUCACUUUUCUGUACACUCAGAUACACGUCCCUUCAGGUGUUCAAUAUGUGAUACAGCAUUCAGGCGUAAGGAUAACUUGGAGCGGCACAUGAAGAACACUCAUCCUGAGACACGCUUAACUUCAUUUGCUCUUCUCAACAAGAACUACAGUGAACAAUUAGCAAAAACAUCACUCUGUCAGCAUAAUCAGAUGAUGACACCAAAUGAUACUGUCAGUAAAAAUCCAUGUCCCACAGACACCGUGGAAAAAAUCUCAAAUAAUAUAUAUAAACAAAUAACACAACAGGAAGCACAAAUGCAAACACUUAGCAUGACACCUGUUCUGUAUAGUGGAACUGAUACUCAGCAUACAGCAAACAUACAGAGCUCUCAGAUCCAAGGAUCUAGUUGCAUUAAGUCAAUAUCUCGUCCACUUAAUUCUGAGACUCCGCAGAUGGAUCAUAAACUUGCAUGCGGUUCUGCAUCAUCAGAUUUUUCUAAGACAGCGGACUUAACCAUCUCAAGGGAAACUGAUCAGGAAUCUCCAUCAGAGACAAGAGUAACAAAAUGCUUCAAGAAAGUACUGGAGCCUGAUAGUAACAUGAAUAUUACAAGUUUUAAGGAAAUGUUAGCUCCAGUUCGUGAUGCAAGUUUUACAAACUUCAAAGAAACCCUGGAUCCAGUUCAAGAUAUGAGCGUCACAAAACUGUUGGAACCAGUUCAUACAACAAAUAUUACUAGCUUUAGAGACAUGCUUGAUCCAGUUCAUGAUAUGAGUAUCUCAAGUUUUAAAGAAAUGCCCAAUCGUGAUACAAAUAUUACAAGCUUUAAGGAAAUGCUUGACCCAGUUCGUGCCACAAGCAUUUUUUCUAGUGGGUCCCUGUUUCAACAAAUUCCUGAGGCAAAACAAAAAUCUCAAGCAGUACCUGUAAUUAACAGCCCCAUUACUCCCUCUCAACAUAUUAUUUCAUAUGGAAGAACUGAAAAAAGAAACAAUCUAGUAACUGAAAAGGUUGUAAUGGAAGGUACCAACUGUGUUCCAACUAUUACAAAAACAUCAAAUGUACUUCACUCCAGUGUUUUAAGUGCUCCAGACUCUGGACACCGAAAUGUACUAACAAUUGUGAGUGCUAGUAGUGUAAAAACAUUGGUUUGUAAGAGAUCCAGAAAGGUUUUUGAAGAUAGCAACAAGGACACAUAUAGUGGGCUAGCUAAUCAGACGUUUCAGUGAUUUACACCGGAGGAAACAAACUGCAACUUCUGCAGCACUGGCAAGAAAUGGCUGAAGAUAGUGAGUUAAUUUAAUUUUUCUGUUACAAGUUAGUUAUUUUUCUAUGAACAGGGCAUGUUAUAUUUUCCAGCUUUUGUUUUGCUGUGCCUGCAACCACUUUUUAUACAAGGCAUUUCUUCUCUUUCUUCUUUGUUGUUGUUAUGAAAUAUUUUAUGCAAACUUUUGUGAUAAAAUUAUGUCAUACUAUAAAAUAAUAUUUUUAUAUAAACUUCUGUAGAGUCUGCCUUAUUUCCUGUGAUCCACUUUUCCACAGCUUUAAACCCGGCAGCAA